CCACAGCCCGUCAUGGCGGCGCCCGUCGAUCCACUUCCGGGAUCAGCUCCCCUUGUUGCCCCGGUCCCUCCCAGGCCCGGCUGCCAUGGCGGCGCCCAGUGUUCGCCGGAACUGAAACCUCGGAAGGGAGGCGGUGCCUCCGCCCGGAACCGAGCGCGGCGCAGAGGAAGAUGGCGGCAGUGGGCAACGCGGUUCCCGGCGGGGCCCGGGCCGGCGGGCAGACCAAGGCCCGGCCGCAGCCGCCCGCGCCCCUCGCCGCCGGGCCGGCGCUCGUAGCGAGCGGCGAUGAGCUGGUGGCCGCCGUGUGGCCGUGCCGGCGCCUGGCGCUGCUGCGGCGCCUCACGGUGCUGCCGUUCGCGGGGCUGCUGUACCCGGCCUGGCUGGGCGCCGCGGCCGCAGGCUGCUGGGGCGGAAGCUGGACGCAGGUCCCCGAGGCCGCGCUGCUCGUACUCGCCGCCAUCUGCCUCGCGCACGCGCUCACCGUCCUCUCGGGACAUUGGUCCGUGCACGCGCACUGCGCGCUCACCUGCACCCCGGAGUAUGACUCCAGCAAAGCGACCUUCGUGAAAGUGGUGCCGACGCCCAACAAUGGCUCCGCCGAGCUCGUGGCCCUGCACCGGGACGAGGACGAGGACGGGCAGGAGGUGCUGUCCUUCGAAUUCCAGAAAAUCAAGUAUUCCUACGAUGCCCACGAGAAGAAGCAGUUCCUUCCCGUGGCCUUUCCUGUGGGAAACACCUUCUCUUACUACCAGAGCAGCAGAGGGUUCCAGGAGGAUGCGGAGAUCCGGGCAGCCGAGAAGAAAUUUGGGAGUAACAAGGCCGAGAUGGUGGUGCCCGACUUCUCGGAGCUGUUCAAGGAGAGAGCCACAGCCCCCUUCUUCGUGUUCCAGGUGUUCUGCGUGGGGCUCUGGUGCCUGGACGAAUACUGGUACUACAGCGUCUUCACUCUCUCCAUGCUCGUGGCCUUCGAGGCCUCGCUGGUGCAGCAGCAGAUGCGGAACAUGUCCGAGAUCCGCAAGAUGGGCAACAAACCCCACAUGAUCCAGGUCUACCGGAGCCGCAAGUGGAGGCCGGUUGCCAGCGACGAGAUCGUGCCCGGGGACAUCGUCUCCAUCGGCCGCUCCCCCCAGGAGAACCUGGUGCCCUGCGACGUGCUGCUGCUGCGAGGCCGCUGCAUCGUGGACGAGGCCAUGCUCACGGGGGAGUCAGUGCCGCAGAUGAAGGAGCCCAUCGGAGACCUCGACCCGGCCCGGGUGCUGGACCUGCAGGCGGACGCGCGGCUGCAUGUCGUCUUCGGGGGCACCAAGGUGGUGCAGCACAUCCCGCCGCAGAAGGCCGCCUCGGGCCUCAAGCCGGUGGACAAUGGGUGUGUGGCCUUCGUCCUGAGGACCGGCUUCAACACAUCCCAGGGCAAGCUGCUGCGCACCAUCCUCUUCGGCGUCAAGAGGGUGACGGCAAACAACCUAGAGACCUUCAUCUUCAUUCUCUUCCUCCUGGUCUUUGCCGUGGCGGCGGCCGCCUACGUGUGGGUGGAAGGUGAGCCGUGCCCCGACCCCGGCCCCCCGCCCCUGCGGCCGCAGCCUGGCAGCCCUGUCUCCCCAGGUACCAAGGACCCCAGCCGGAACCGCUAUAAGCUGUUCCUCGAGUGCACCCUGAUCCUCACCUCCGUCGUGCCCCCCGAGCUGCCCAUCGAGCUGUCCCUGGCUGUCAACACGUCCCUCAUUGCCCUGGCCAAGCUCUACAUGUACUGCACGGAGCCCUUCCGGAUUCCCUUCGCCGGCAAGGUCGAGGUCUGCUGCUUCGACAAGACGGGCACCCUGACCAGCGACAGCCUCGUGGUGCGCGGCGUGGCCGGGCUCAGGGACGGGACGGAGGUGACACCCGUGUCCGGCAUCCCCGUGGAGACGCACCGCGCCCUCGCCUCGUGUCACUCGCUGGUGCAGCUGGACGAUGGCACCCUUGUGGGUGACCCCCUGGAGAAGGCCAUGCUGACGGCCGUGGACUGGACGCUGACCCGCGAUGAGAAAGUAUUCCCCCGAAGUAUUAAAACUCAGGGGCUGAAAAUUCACCAGCGCUUUCAUUUUGCCAGUGCCCUAAAGCGAAUGUCCGUGCUUGCCUCCUACGAGAAGCUCGGCUCCCCCGACCUCUGCUACAUCGCGGCUGUGAAGGGGGCCCCCGAGACCCUGCACCCCAUGUUCUCCCAGUGCCCCCCCGACUACCAGCACAUCCACACGGAGAUCUCCCGGGAAGGCGCCCGUGUUCUUGCCCUGGGCUACAAGGAGCUGGGGCACCUCACCCACCAGCAGGCCCGAGAGGUCAGGCGGGAGGCCCUGGAGUGCAACCUCAAGUUCGUCGGCUUCAUUGUCGUUUCCUGUCCGCUCAAGGCUGACUCAAAGGCAGUGAUCCGUGAGAUUCAGAACGCGUCCCACCGGGUGGUGAUGAUCACAGGAGACAACCCGCUCACUGCCUGCCACGUGGCCCGGGAGCUGCACUUCAUUGACAAGAUGCACACGCUGAUCCUGCAGCUGCCCCGGGACGAAGGCCAGCCGUGGGAGUGGCGCUCCAUCGACGGCAGCAUCGUGCUGCCCCUGGCCCAGGGCUCCCCGAAGGCACUGGCCCUGGAGCACGCGCUAUGCCUCACAGGCGAUGGCCUGGCCCACCUGCAGUCCACGGACCCCCAGCAGCUGCUCCGCCUCAUCCCCCACGUGCAGGUGUUUGCCCGCGUGGCCCCCAAGCAGAAGGAGCUCGUCAUCACCAGCCUGAAGGAGCUGGGCUACGUGACGCUCAUGUGUGGGGACGGCACCAAUGAUGUGGGUGCCUUGAAGCACGCCGAUGUGGGUGUGGCGCUCCUGGCCAACGCCCCUGAGCGGCUGGUGGAGCGGCGGCGUCGGCCCCGGGACGGCCCGGUCCCGAGCAGCAGCGUCCGGGGCGCCCCGAGGGCAGCCAAGCAGAGGGCAGGGCCCCCGCCCACCGACGAGCUGCUGUUGUCCCAGCGGGACCGCCUGAGCCAGGUGCUGCGGGACCUCGAGGAUGAGAGUGCGCCCCUCGUGAAGCUGGGGGACGCCAGCAUUGCUGCACCCUUCACCUCCAAGCUCUCGUCCAUCCAGUGCAUCUGCCAUGUGAUCAAGCAGGGCCGCUGCACGCUGGUGACAACGCUGCAGAUGUUUAAGAUCCUGGCGCUGAACGCCCUGAUCCUGGCCUACAGCCAGAGCGUACUCUACCUGGAGGGCGUCAAGUUCAGCGACUUCCAGGCCACCCUGCAGGGGCUGCUGCUGGCCGGCUGCUUCCUCUUCAUCUCCCGUUCCAAGCCCCUGAAGACCCUGUCCCGGGAGCGGCCGCUGCCCAACAUCUUCAACGUGUACACGGUUCUCACCGUCAUGCUGCAGUUUCUCAUGCACUUCCUGAGCCUCGUCUACCUGUACCGCGGGGCCCAGGCCCGGAGCCCUGAGAGGCAGGAGCAGUUCGUGGACCUGGACAAGGAGUUCGAGCCCAGCCUGGUCAACAGCACCGUGUACAUCAUGGCCAUGGCCAUGCAGACGGCCACCUUUGCCAUCAACUACAAGGGCCCGCCCUUCAUGGAGAGCCUGCCAGAGAACAAGCCCCUGCUCUGGAGCCUGGCCCUGUCGCUGCUGGCCAUCGUGGGCCUGCUCCUCGGCUCCUCACCGGACUUCAACAGCCAGUUUGGCCUGGUGGACAUCCCCGUGGAGUUCAAGCUGGUCAUCGCCCAGGUGCUGCUCCUGGACUUCUGCCUGGCGCUCUUGGCCGACCGUGCCCUGCAGUUCUUCCUGGGGUCCCCGAAGCUGAAAGUGCCUUCCUGAGGCAGUGGGGCCACCCCGGGAUGGGGCCCCCACUCCAGGCCGCCUGGCCACGCCCUGCGGAAGACCGAGCUGGGUCCUGCCGUGUCUGCAGAGCCUGCCCGGGCAGCACCGGGGUCAAUAAAGCAGCAUUGCAAUUUUA